GCGAAGAACGAGGCGCCCGGACGCGCCCGGACGCGCCCUGACGCGCGCCCCCGUGGCAGCACGGGCUGGAACCUGAGCGAGGUGAGACGCGUUGGAAAAUGACGUCACACCCCAUCCCUCAAGCGUUGGCGAAAAGAAGACAGAAAAGCAUUUCGUUAAGGCGUUUACUUAUACCUUAUAUCUGGGAACUCCGUGUGCAAGAAUCGAUGCAGUGAGACGGCGCCAAAUAGCUGUCCGUCCCUAUCAUUAUCGCUUCUGAAAAUGUUUCGGUGUCUUUCAGGAACAGGCUGCAUGCGCUAUAUAGAAGGUCACAAAUCGACGUGUUAUUUUUUGCUCUUGAUACUUGUCUAUUUAUUGUACUUGGUUUUGGGGGCUGUUGUUUUCUCUUUGGUGGAGUUACCCAAUGAGGAUUUACUUCGACAAGAGCUUAAUACCGCGAAACAGCAGUUUCUCCACGACAACGAAUGUUUAAGCGAAGAGCGACUGGAGGCAUUUUUGGCCAAAGCACUAGAGGCCAAUAAUUAUGGUGUCUCGGUCUUAAAUGAUAGUACAAUAAACUGGAACUGGGAUUUCACAUCUGCAUUGUUUUUUGCAAGCACAGUCCUCUCCACGACAGGGUAUGGCCACACAGUGCCCUUGUCAGAUGAAGGCAAGGCUUUCUGCAUCUUCUACUCUGUGGUGGGCAUCCCCUUCACCCUUCUGUUCUUCACAGCGGUGGUGCAGAGGAUUAUGGUCUUCAGCACGCGCCGGCCGGUGGCCUACGUGCAGCGGCGCUGGGGUCUGUCCGGGUCCUUGGUUUCAGGCGUCCACGCUUGCUUGCUGGCUGCCGUGGCCCUCUGCUGCUUUUUUCUCAUCCCUGCCGUGGUGUUCUCUCAGCUGGAGGACGAGUGGAACCUCCUGGAGUCGUUCUACUUCUGCUUCAUCUCGCUCAGUACCAUCGGCCUGGGUGACUACGUGCCGGGAGAGGGCCAUAACCAUAAGUUCAGGGAGCUCUACAAAGUGGGAAUUACUGUUUACCUGAUUCUAGGCCUAAUCGCCAUGCUGGUUGUACUGGAGACAUUCUGUGAGCUUAAGCAGAUGAAGCAGCUGAGAAAGAUGUUCUACCUCAAGAAAGAGAAAUCAGAAGACCGUCUGAAUAUACUGGACCACGAUCACCUCACCUUCUCCUCCGUCUCUGAUCAGACCACCCCAGCCAAAGAGUGUAAGACAGAUCUCUUUGAUGACACUGUCCCCGUAACACCUGAGGAUUAGGUCAUGGGCCAUAAAAAUGGAUAUCAGCCUUGACAAUCAAUGACCAUGUGUUUUGAAGCAGUGAAACUGCAGAAGUAUACAAUUUCUAAAUCUCUUUAUCCUUUAAAUGUCUGGAUAACUGAGAAAUAAAGCUGGGCUAAACGCAAUGUGUUAUUUUUUUAAAAAGGGAAGGAAAUAAAGACUGUAUUGCUUUUUUUUACUUUUUAUUUUUCUUUGAACAGUACAAUAUGUCAUUGACAGCUAAAUGCAGUUGUAGGGUGUGUCCACAUCUUUUUCUGAAGAUCCAUUGCUCUGCACAGUUUAGUUACAACCAUAAUACAGCCGUUUCAGUUAAGCAAGGUCCUCUGUCAUAUCUGAAUGUUAGAGCCAUGUUGUCUUGGAAGUAAACUUGUUAGAUUGUGGUAGGUAGAUUUUGAGGACCUGAUUUGAGAACCCUUGUAGGAGAGACUCUUUAGAUUUGAAUGAAUUUUAGUUUUAAUUUUUAGUUAAUUUUAAUUUUAAGCAAAGUAGGCUUCAAAUGGAAGAAAAUUGAAGCAUAUGUCUAGGCUAUUGAUUGUCAUACAUCAUGAAUCACAGACUGAAUGAAGAAUGUGAUAUUGUAAGGGUACCUCAAUCAGUUACUGUCUUGUAUUACUGUAAAGGUUGUAAUUACCGACUAUGCCAUGUUUAUAUGCACUGCAUUGGAAGGUGAACAUUGAUUGUGUACAUAUUUGAGUGUGAUUAAGCUAGCUAAUUAAAGUUUAUAUGGUGGUGAUUUGAGUUACUAGGGACAUGUCCCUACUGACACCACACAUUGUCAGGUACUAAUUUUGUGUAAAACCUUCACAGUCAUAGUAAGUUUAAACCUGCACAUUCAAAUAUUUGUGUUUUGUCCUCAAUUCACAUUUGAAUUGCCUUAACUGGAGCUGGCUUUGAUUUUUAUACAAUACUUCUUGCUGCAACUAAUUUGGUUGUCCAUGUAAGAAGAUUAUUGGGCACUGAAUUAGGAAAGGGAACUGGAUUCUUUUACACUGAUUUAGGGUUUACCUUCAUUUUUUGAAACGCUACAUUCGAAUUUCAUUCUGUAGUCUGUACAAAAAAAAUUUAAAUGAUUGUAGUAUAUCCUUAACCACCUUGACUGGUGAGUGUCAAUGAAUGAAAACCUUGCCAAUAUUUUGUCACCAAAGCUCUUGUUAUUUCAGACAGGAAAUGGUUAUCAUGUAGACUGAAAUGCUUAGUGUGUAUUUAAAAGAACAGCCUGGAUUUAUCUGUGCAACUCUGGUUAGUGCAGGUUUGCUGCUCAGGUACAUUAGUUGCUGAAAUAGUAGUUACUGAAAAUGUAUGCCUUGAGACACUGUCUUAAAUAAUGAGACUAAUUGAAUAAAAAUAUAUCACAUUUUGGUGUGAAAGUGGAUAAUCGUGAAGGAGGGGCUAAGGAAUUAAUGAAGGAUUUGGGAGUUGUCUGCAAAACAUCACAAGGCGGGACAUGCACAAACAGCAGUAUGCUGCCCCCUUAUGGGCAUUCUGUGCCACUGUGAGCGAGUGUAUUGUUAGGCUCCAUGCUGGUGUUUGGUUGGACAGCUGGGUUAGUGAGGCCUUGUCACCCAUGGCAGCUGUUGACAGCCUGUCAGUAUGCCUGCCAACUGUUCACAGGGAUGUUUACCCUGCUGGGUGGAAGAGGAUGUGAUAAUAAUUUAAUAGCCAUGCUGAAAGUGAGCAUGGAGGUUAUAC